UUAGCAGCUCGCCGCUUGCUACUGCUGUUGUUGUCGUGCGUAGUCGUCGUGUUGCUGUUUUUUUUUUGCCAGUGGAUUUUACUUGUGCGAGAUUCUGUGUUUUGUUAACUUACAACUGGUGACACAAAAACGCGUUGUUGCAUCACGGCUUAAGAAUGAAGAUGCAACUUCGCCUACUGCUUUUAGCACUCGGCGCCGUAGCCGUUCACGGUCAGGGCUAUUCAACACAGCAACAAGGAGGAUAUGACUAUCCUAAACCAGUCGCGCCAUUCACGGAUGGUUACUCAUACCCCAAACCGAGCAUACCAUUCCCACCUCCUUUACCUAAGGUCGUGGUGUCCAGCGGGUACUCGUAUCCAAAGCCAGAAAUACCAUUUCCUCCACCAGAGCAACCAAAAUACGUGCCACCGCCGCAGCAACAAAUCAUACCACAGCAGCCGGCCAAGGGAUACUUUUAUCAGAAGCCAUCGAUACCUUUCUCAGCUCCAACGACUCAACCACCGCAAACAUAUUUACCGCCCGUAAAGGCCACUCUGCCCCCGCAGCCCAAGUACUUGCCACCGCCUCAACCAAAACAGGGUUACGAUUAUCCCAAGCCAGCCAUCCCAUUCACGCCUCCCAGCAAUCCCCCACCACCUAAAUAUUUGCCACCUGUUACAACCACUGCUCAGCCACCACCACCCAAAUAUUUGCCGCCUCCUCAGGUUAAACAAGGUUACGAUUAUCCCAAACCCGCUAUACCUUUCCCACCUCCCGUUUCUACGUUGCCGCCACCACCGCCGCCGCCGAAGCCAGCAUAUCUGCCCCCUUCUCAACCCAAACCAAAGGUGAAUGAGGGUUAUGAUUAUCCUAAGCCAUCCAUUCCAUUCCCAGCUCCAACGGCUCCACCGACAGCAAAAUAUCUGCCACCAGUGAUUGUCACCCAGCCGCCGCCACCCAAAUAUCUUCCUCCUCCACAGGUCAAACAGGGUUAUGACUAUCCCAAGCCAGCUAUACCUUUCCCAGCACCUACCAAUCCGCCAGCACCAAAAUACCUUCCCCCUGUAGUGGUCAGCCCUCCACCACAGCCCAAGCAAAAGUAUCUGCCUCCUUCUCCUCCUCAACCCCAGAUUAAAAAGGGUUACGAUUACCCUAAGCCAUCCAUCCCAUUCCCAUCUCCAACGGCAUCACCGACACCAAAGUAUCUACCUCCAGUGGUUGUCACCCAGCCGCCGCCACCAAAAUAUUUACCACCUCCCCAGGUUAAGCAGGGUUACGAUUAUCCAAAACCCGCGAUUCCUUUCCCAGGGCCAACAAAUCCGCCAACACCAAAAUAUCUACCUCCGGUAACUCCGACUUUGCCUCCUCAGCCCAAGCCAAAAUAUCUACCUCCCCCUCCUCCGCAGCCUCAGAUAAAACAGGGUUAUGACUACCCAAAGCCAAGCAUACCAUUCCCAGCUCCUACGAAACCUCCACAAAAGUAUUUACCUCCAGUAGUAGUGACUCAACCGCCGCCACAGAAGUAUUUACCUCCAGUAGUAGUGACUCAACCCCCGCCACCGAAAUAUCUACCGCCUCCCCAAGUAAAACAGGGAUAUGAUUAUCCUAAGCCAUUGAUCCCAUUUCCAGCCCCAAAUCCAACACCAAAGUAUUUACCGCCUGUAGUGGCCACUCUGCCACCUCAGCCUAAAUACUUGCCUCCUCCGCAAUCCAAACAGGGUUAUGAUUAUCCUAAACCACUUAUUCCUUUCACACCACCAACAAACCCUCUUCCACAGACAUACUUGCCCCCAGUGACUACGACCCAACCUCCCCAGCCUCAGGUCAAACAAGGGUAUGACUAUCCCAAGCCAUCAAUUCCAUUCCCUCCCCCAUCGACCAAAAUUCAAGGUGGCUACUCCUAUCCAAAACCCGCAAUUCCUUUCGAUUUUUAGCCCCUUAUUCCUACCAGCGCUCUCCACUGUCAUCCCAACUCAUCACUGAUUACUUGACACGAUUGCCUCUGUGGGCGCAUAGUGAUCCUCUUUAAGAACCAACAAAAUUUAAUUUUUGUAAU